GAAUGUCUCUCCAAUCUCUUACGCCAUUCCAUUUCUACCACAUUUCCACAGAGUCGAAUUGGAUCUUCCUUGGCCACUAUCUAGCUAUUGUAUAUACACAACCAUCCCGUCUUCUUGUACAAUCAUUCACAUAUUCACGAUUCCCUCAUCAAGCAGAUCGUCAGGGUUGCAAUACAAGCAUCUUACCCCACACUUUCGUUCCUGCAGCCCCCAAUAAUAGCUUCAAACAUACAAGUUGUUGUUCUUGAGGACGCUCAACUCCUGACACCCUCCUCUCCCAUUCGACUUACAAGCUCGUCACCAAAGUCUUUAGCCUUAGACCGAUGUGAUUCCAGCCCAUUGAAUUUCGCACGCAAAACACUAUAGCCGUCAUGUUUGUGUUACCACCACCGCCGCGAUAUCCCUCGCAGGCAGCGUACAAUCUCGCUGUUCAAAAUGGCAUGGCUAUGCCAAUGGUGGAGACAAACAAUCUGCUCAAGCAUCCCGAGGGGCUCCAAUUACUUGCUGGUGAAGGAACAUACCUGCUGCAGGAUGACCUGCAUCUUGCGACACCUCCUCACCAUCCAUCCGAGACACCAGUCAUGAACCCAAAUCCAUUAUCUACAACUCCGCAAGCUGCAACUGCCGGAACCAAACUUUCUCUCCUAUCAUUUAGCACGAAGCCUUACGCGUCUCCUUUGUACAGGCUCGAUACCAAUAAAAGUUCCCGGACAGGGUUGGCACAAUCUAGUAUACAAGAGCACCCAUACGAGAAUCGCAAUUCUUCGGAGGUACCUGGAAGUAGUGAUGGUGGAGGAACUUCAGUCAAUGGCAGCGCGAGAGCUGCGACAUCCAUAGGGUCCGCACCGGCGUUUGGGGAGGGGAACUCAUUGUUGUCGUUGACGACCAAAGAUACUGGAAAACGUCGCAAACCAAAAAGUGGCCUUUUGAAGAGUAAUUCUUCAUUUAUUUCACGAUGUAUUGUCAAUGAAAACUUGGUCAAGAGGCUACAAGAUCGUCCAAUCGAUGGGUACUUUGGAUUCGCCAACAUAAAUAGAGCUUUUCAGUGGCUUGAUUUGUCUUCUCCAAACAAACAAGAUCAAUUACUCAAAAUUCUGUUCACUAAAGCCCAUUGCCUCUGUCAUGAUGUCAAUCAGGUCACCAAGAGUCCAAAUCAUAUAGAUAUUAUAAUGGGGUUUUCCACUGGCGAAAUUAUUUGGUUUGAGCCUUUCACCCAGAAAUAUUCACGGUUGAAUAAGAAUUGUGUUAUAAAUUCAACGCCCGUCACACAAAUCAGGUGGAUUCCUGGCUCCGAGAAUCUAUUUCUAGCAUCUCAUAUGGAUGGGUCUUUAAUUGCUUACGACAAGGAGAAAGAUGAUGCAGCUUUUGUACCAGAAGAGGUCGGGUCCACUGUCAAUGGCAGUGUACCGAGUGAAGAAAAUCUGGACCCAACUUCAAUGCCAAAAGCCAAACUUCAGAUCGAUAAAUCAGUGCAUUCAAAAAAUCAAAAGUUUAAUCCAGUUUCAUUUUGGAAACUUUCCAACCAGCCCAUCAAUAGUUUUGCUUUCUCGCCUGACAACAGGCAUUUGGCAGUCGUUUCGGAAAAUGGAACUUUGCGAAUUAUCGACUAUUUGAAAGAGCAAUUGCUCGAUAUCUACAACAGCUAUUUUGGUGGCUUGACUUGUGUUUGCUGGUCACCUGAUGGCAAAUAUGUUCUUUCUGGUGGUCAGGAUGAUCUCGUCUCUAUAUGGUCAAUGGCAGAUUCUGCCAUCAUAGCUCGCUGCACUGGUCAUACAUCCUGGGUAACAGAUGUAGCCUUUGAUCCAUGGCGUUGCGACGACCGAAAUUAUCGUUUUGGUAGUGUGGGCGAAGACGGCAAGCUAUUGUUGUGGGAUUUCAGUGUUGGGAUGCUUCAUCGUCCUAAAGCCGCCUCUGUUCGUCAAAGAGGUAGUAUAUCUUCCCGAGUGCCAAACUCCCUUUCAAGGGUUGAAACUCAGGGUACAACAGCGACUGCCGGUCGAUUUCGCUCAAACUCGAACCUUUCCUAUGCCGAGGGACGAUCAGAGACAACAGUAGAUCAUCCAGUAGAACCACGAGCAAAAAUUUCUAUAUUGCCCGCCGUGUGCACGAAAAUUGUUGCUGACGAUCCACUGUGUUCUUUGGCAUUUACGGAGGAGCAUAUUAUUACCAGUGAUAAGAUUGGACAUGUUCGCACUUGGAACAGACCAAAGGAUCACGACGAUAGGGCUGAUGAGGAUGCUGAUGUGGUGCCACCAUCCCAGGGCUCGUGAAUGAUUGAUUGGUAAGUAAGCAGCGAGGAUCGAAUAGUUGUAUGUUGUUUGGCAGAGUAGCGGUAUCAAGCUUGUAACUAAAGCUAGACUUGGAGUUGUGGCGAGUUUGGAAAGGGGGUUCUAAAGAAUAAUAGGCGUAAUCUCCUGGGUCAUAAAUAAGAUGUUGUUAGGAAUUUUAAGGGAAUGUUCAGAGGACAAUAGAUUGAAUACCUAGUAUGCA